UUCACGCCACGCGACUGUCUCUACAGUGGGCUCGACGCGCGCACAUCUUCUCUCAUUGAACACCAGAAUUUCCACGAGAAUAUGACGGGGGAGGCUUCAUUGACGAGUUGGUUUCCACUGCUGUUUCUCUGACCAACUUCAUUCGAAGAUGCAUGUGGCGACGGAAACAACCCGCGGCAGACUUCGCCUCUCGUUUUUCUUUUUGACGGUGGAAUAACACCAGCAGCCGCUGUGACUGAAACUUUCCUCAUCUUCGGUCGAAGACAUUAUAGGUUUUCGCAUUCAAGCUGUUUCGGAUCGAUGAGAGGGAGCCGGCAGAUGAAGUUCCAGGUUGGGGGGUUCGCCACCAUGUCAGCACUCCUGUGUUUUGGGAAAUGAUCAUUGGCUCCACCGACGAUAAAAUAAUGGUCAGAAGAUGUUUAGUGACGUUCAAACCGUUCAGGAUAUUUGUGGCAGGGAUUGGCUUCUUCAGCCUGUGCUUUCUAAUGACCUCUCUGGGGGGGCAGUUCUCAGCCAAGAGACUCGGGGACUCCCCCUUCACCAUCCGCACAGAAGUGAUGGGAGGCGUGGAGUCUCGUGGGGUGCUGAGGAAGAUCAGUGACAUGCUGGAGGUGAUUCUGAAGAGGAUGGACAGUCUGUCCAAACUGGACAACACCUCCACGGCUGAUUCACGACGCCUGGACGAACUUAGCUCUGCGAUCAACAAGUUCCAACCAGCUGGCCUGGUGGAGAGAAUCCAGGCGAUCGCUCAGAAUGUCUCCAACAUGGCAGUCAAGGUGGAGCAGAUCUGGCAGAGCAGCAUGCUGCAAGGACGAGCUUCCAGAGACGGAUCGUCCAGUCAGUGUGAGAUCCCAAGAGAUCCUCGCUUUCCAGAGUGUCCUGGAAAAGUCGAUUGGAUGCGUGCACGCUGGACAUCAGACCCUUGCUAUGCAUUCUACGGCGUGGACGGCUCCGACUGCUCAUUUCUCAUUUACCUGAGCGAAGUGGAGUGGUUCUGCCCUCCACUGAUCUGGAGAAACCACAGCAGCACCCCCACUCAAUUUGUUCAUCAAACAAAAGCUCCCAAGCGACAGGCUGCUUUCCGAACAGACCUAUCCAUGCUCCUGGAUCAGGUCGGCUCUGGUAAGGAGUCCCUCAGCUUCAUGAAGCGAAGGAUCCGCCGCCUCGCGCAGCAAUGGGCCACGGCAGCAAACCGACUGGAUACAAAGCUCCAGCAGAAAUGGAGAGACCAGAAGAAGAUCCUGGUCCACGUGGGUUUCCUGACAGAAGAGUCCGGGGAUGUUUUCAGCCCCAAAGUUCUGAAAGGAGGUCCGCUGGGCGAAAUGGUGCAGUGGGCUGACAUCCUUACUGCCCUCCACGUUUUGGGUCACAACCUCAAGAUCUCCAUGUCUGUAAAGGAGCUGCAAGGAUUCCUCGGCGUACCUCCGGGCAGAGGUAGUUGCCCACUAACUGGGCCGCUGCCCUUUGACCUCAUCUACACCGACUACCACGGCUUGCAGCAGAUGAAGCAGCACAUGGGCCUCUCGCUCAAGAAGCACAAGUGCCAUAUUCGCGUGAUUGACACUUUCGGCACGGAGCCGGCCUACAAUCACGAGGAGUAUGCGACUCUGCAUGGAUACCGGACCAACUGGGGCUACUGGAACCUGAACGCACGGCAGUACAUGACCAUGUUCCCGCACACACCAGACAACUCCUUCAUGGGUUUCGUUUCCGAGGAACUCAAUGAGACCGAGAAGAGGAACAUCCAGCAGAAUAAAGUCAACAACAUGGCUGUGGUGUACGGGAAGGAGGCCAGCAUGUGGAAGGUCCAACAGGGAAAGGAGGGUUUUCUCCAGAUAUUGCACAAGUAUAUGGAGGUCCACGGCACGGUCUACUAUGAGACACAAAGACCUCCAGAAGUCCCGGCUUUCGUGAAGAACCAUGGUCUGCUGCCGCAGCAUGAACUGCAGCAACUGCUACGCAAAGCAAAGCUCUUCAUCGGCUUUGGUUUCCCGUACGAAGGCCCCGCCCCUCUGGAGGCCAUUGCCAAUGGAUGCAUCUUCCUGCAGCCCAAGUUUCAACCGCCUCACAGUUCUCUGAAUCAUGAAUUCUUCAGAGGCAAACCUACUUCUCGAGAGGUGUCCUCCCAGCAUCCGUAUGCAGAGCAGUACAUCGGUAGACCUCAUGUCAUGACGGUGGACUACAACAACUCGAUGGAGUUUGACGCUGCUAUCCGCGAGAUAAUGAGAGCCAAGGUGGAGCCGUAUCUGCCCUACGAGUACACCUGCGAGGGCAUGCUGGAGAGAGUCCACGCCUACAUCCAACAUCAGGAUUUCUGUACCCCAGAGAUGCCUUUCAACGUCUCCAGACAAGGUUCCUCUGAUGGACACAGGCUCACGGGACCCAUGUUUCUGCCCCUGCCCAACUCCAGCGCACUUGGCUGGGCUUUUAACAUAACAGCGCCCCCUGCCUGGCCUCCUCUCAGCUCCCUGCGGCUCCUGGUAUCACAGGAGGGUCAGUCCUGUUUAGAGGCCUGCAGGGCUCAAGGCUUUGUCUGUGAGCCCGCUCACUUCAGCUUCAUCAACAACAAAGAAGCCCUGCGCAGGCUGGAUGUGCAGUGUGAGGUGGUGGACUCGGAAAUCAACCACAUCCUCCCGGCUUUCUCUGUGAUGCGGCGAGAGUGCGGACUCCAGCGUGACCCGCUCUUGUUCAGCUGUGCCGGACGGUCCUCCAAAUACAGGCGAAUUUGCCCCUGCAGGGACUUCAUCCGCGGCCAGGUGGCGCUAUGCACGGAUUGUUUAUAACAAUCCCGAGAGGACAAAGAGCAGGCAAAGGACACAAACGGAUCCAAGACUUUCACUGACAGACUGCGUACCUGAAGGGAGGAGCGUGGAAACUGCAUUGCAUGGACUCACAGUGGCCUGGGAAAAGAGAAGGAAAUGGUUUGUCUUACAGCCAGAUGCAUCGAGAUACGCUGCAUGACAGGUGCAGAAAGUGUCGCCCUCUGCAAGAGCGCCCAAAAAGCAAUCUUCAGAUGAACUUCAGAAGCAGAUAUGUUUCGUCAUCUCGUCUAAAUGUCGAUGCCUGGCAGGAAAAUUUUGUAGAAGUCUGAGCUGCGAGUUCAGAGACUGGGAUGCCACUCCAUGACAGAAACGUCAGAUAUCUCCACUCUCGGAUGGCAGCCGGGUUCAAUAUCCAAUCUCCUCUCUGCACUCAGACAAAAGAUGAUGGACAAGCAGGUUAUCUCACUGGCUUUUCUUCCCACCACUUCCAGUGAUGGACAGAAUCGUUUAUCAGACCAAAGCUGAAAGUCUGAGGCGGCCUCGGACGCCGUAAUCUUCUCCGGUCAGGGCAAGACAAGACGGGCCACAAAGCUGGAGCGGACAGAAAUAUUUUUAAAUGAACUCGCUUUAUAAGGAUUGUCAGUAAUUUGUAACUGAAGUGAACGGAAUAAAAAGUCAGACAAUGGA